CAUUACAUACAAAGUAGUCAAAGAAUCGCAGCACCGUGAGUUUCAAAGCACGGUGACAUAAAAUUAGGUACUGCUUCCUAUCGCCUUCUCGGGCGAACCAAGUGUCGUGAUGGCUGCCCAUUCCUUUAUUGGGACGUGGGAGGUUGUGGGUUGCAUUUCUCAAUCGGGGAAUACAGAAAAGACUGGAAUAGAGGGGACAUUAUUUUGCUUGGAUGAGAGUGGUGAUGUGAUAUGGACAGUGCCAGAAGAGACCGAAGCCAUUCCACUCUUCAGUUGUGAAACGUACGAGAUAUACAGUACCUCUCUGUCUGGUGUGGUUAUCAGAUUUGGGGCAUAUGCUGGACAUGUUAUCGAUUUCAGGGUUGACCAUCCAGAACCACAGGAUGUGAUGUUAUUAACAUGUGAAGGCUGGUAUGAUCUGCAUUGCAAACGUGUAGUUGCAUCGGAACCAGAGCCUCCUGUUGAUUCUCCGUUCUCCCUUCUUCCUGCACUUGAAGAUGGCUAUUUUUCUGACCUCUCAAUUAUGGCCAGCAACAAUAAGCAGUUCCCAGUGCAUACUUGCAUUCUCCGCCUUAGUGCUCCUGAGUUAGAUUGGAGUCAUCAACCUCCUCCUCUUUCGGGACUCCCAGAAGAUGUUCUUGGGACAAUCCUUCACUUUCUGUAUGCAGAAUGUCUGCCCACAAAUCUUGGAGAACAGACGGCGCGGCACUGUAUUGCAGCAGCUACAAGCCUACCUGGUUUGGAGAGACUUGUUCGAAUGUGUGAACUGUAUUUGAAGAACAUGGCUCUGAAACAACAAAUUAUUGGUUUUGUGUCUGAUAUGCACGCAUGUGCCAGCCAGAUCAUAGACCAUUUCAGCACUAAAACAUCUGCUGGUGAACAUUCAGCAGAUAGCCUCAAUUCCAACCCUGCCAAGCUGUGUUUUGUUGUGAAGCAGUCAGUGAGGGAGGCCGCAGUAGCUGGGGUGAAGCUGCUGCUACUGUGUGACUUGUUCACAAAACGCAAAGCUGAAUUGUCUCGUGAAGAACGUCAUGAGAUUAUUCGCUAUGCCAAGUCUCGACUGCCUGUCUUCAUGAGUCAGCUGCUUAGAUUUCUUCAGGGAGUGAAAUCUACCUUCAGUAGCAUGUCUCCUAGUCAGAGACAAGAGGUUGCAACAUACCUUGUGCCAGAGAUUGAGACUAUAUUGGACACUGUGUCAGCUCUGGCUGUAGAAUUAAAAUCAGCCUUGGAACAAAUUAUACUUACUCUGUCCCCUUCAGAAGGUUGCAGGAGCCAGAAAGGAAAUGUAGGGGAAGUUCUUGGAAAAUCCCUAAAAAAUGUUCUGCACAUAAGAGAGCUUAGCAAACUCCGUAGUGUUCAUCAGAGAAUAACUUUUAGCCUUGUUCAUCUUUUGCAGAAGAAGGAGAGUUUCAGUGAUAUGACAAGUGCCAAUAAAGUGCGAUCAGUAGCACGUAACUUGGAACAGCUGAUAGAAGAAUUACCAAUCUUUUUAUUGCGAUUGGAAGAGGUCACUGCUGCUCUGGAUGACAAACUAGAAUGGAGGGAGUUCAAAUUCUGUUUUAAAGUAGGCACUUCAAAAGUGAGUGGAGUGCUGCAGAAGUUGCUGACCCACAGCAGUACACUGCAGGAUGUGUUGGUACAACUGUGUGACCUUGUACAGAGAGAUACUUUUACACAGUCACUUUUUACUCUGGGACUCCUUGAUCCAGCGCAAUAUGGCGGUUCUGCCGGUGAGAACAACCGCAAUGGCAAAAGUCAUACCCACUCCACACCAAAACAGCAUGGAUACAAGCUGAACUUGGUGGAGUCACUGUGCAUACCACCAAUGUCUCGGACUAGUUUGCUUUCAAAAUCUGCUAUUCAGCUACUCAGUUCUGGCCAGGCAACGGAUAUGGUGUUUGAAGUAGUCGCAUCACAAGAGCCUCCAGACUGUGUGAUUGACCAUACUCAAAGUCAAGCAGUCGAGGCUUCACCUGCAGAUCAGCAGGAGGGAGAAGAAGUUUGCAGCAUACAGGCACAUAGAGUCAUUGUUGCAGCUCGUUGCGACUGGUUUCGGCGUGCACUUCUGUCUGGCAUGAGAGAAGCAAUUGACAGGAAAAUUGUGAUUCAUGAUACCAGCCCAUUUCUCUUCUCAACAUUCCUGAAUUAUCUGUAUAGUGGACAACUGGAGACAAAAGAUUUAAGUGUUGAUCAAUUGGCUGAUCUCAUGCUCCUGAGUGACCGGUAUGAGGUUGACUCACUGAAACAGGCUUGUGAGCAAGGACUUAAAAGGCAUAUAGAUGAGGACUCUGUGCUUUAUUUCCUCAGCAUGGGUGAUCAGUUCAAUGCAAAAUUGUUGAGGAGUGCUUGCUUGAAUUUUAUUUUCCUGAACCCUGACAUCAUUGACAGUGAUCUGUUUGAAGAACUACCACAAAACCUUCAAGCAGAAAUAUAUGAUCUAGUAAUAUGGGCGAAACCUAGAAAAUCUCAGACUACAGAGAAGUUGUUGCCUUUCCCUGAAUGUCCUAGUCCUGAAACUCCAACAUCAGUUUCUUCAAGUCUUGCAGACAUUGAAGAGAUGGCGUCUAACAUUCACAUCAACAGUCGGGAGGUGGAAGCGUCGGAUAGUAGUUCCUUGGAAGAGUUGCCUCUCACACAAGACUCUGCCAGACUAGAGAGAUGUUUGGUGUUGCUGAGGGAUAUAAUUGGAGAGCAGGUCUCUCGAGAAGAACUUGUGCAGGUUGUGUUGGCAGCAGACUACGAUAUUAACCGAGCCCUUAACUUCUACUAUUCAUCCUGAAGGUGGCAGCAAGGUCGCCUCAAAGCAUGGCAUACCUAGUACUGUACUUAAGAAGAGACACAUCUAAAUGGUUGCUGUAUUGAGAGUAGCAAUUAAACUUUCCUCAGAGGAAGUGUGCCUGCUGCCCAUUUGGGGUGCUCCAGUUCUCUGGAAACUGCCAGUCAUUUGCUGUCGCCUCGCAAAGUGGGAAAUCAAGAAAGGUCAGCACCAAAUCACUUAUUAUCCUAUCCUUCUCCUCCUCUUCAAAUCAAAUCAAAUCCAUUAGCUUUAAUCUCUCUACGAACACUUUCCAGAUUUUUUUAAUUUUUUAAAAAUGCACUGUGGGAAGAAGAACGAUUUUGGAAGAGCAUGGAUUGUAGUGAUCUGUGGACAAGACGCUUGUCAGUACAUCAGAGUAGGCAAUAUUUCUUGGAUUUUAGUUGAUGUAGUUUGCAGGA